UCUUUCAACAAGACCUCUGAAGCCUUAAGGGCAAGUACCCAAGGGACUAGCAAUAUCCUUCCUCCUUUCUUCUACCGCACGUUCUAUGAAACCUCAAUAACCUUGAGCUCGCGUGUCAGCAAGGACACCCACGUCAAGCACCGCGAAAGGCAGAAGCUAAAGAUUAGGAAAGGCAACGCAUUCCAAGCUGUUGGAAACGUUGAUUUCAGGCGUGAGUUGACCAAACCGAGAAUUGAGCGUCAUCUGGUUUGGAACAAGAAGCGUGACCCGUCUUCAUUCAUAUCGGUGUUUAAUGACUUGGACCCCGCCCAGCGACGAGCAGACUUCCAUUACUCUAUAGGUCAACGGAUCGGACAUAGAGUAUCUGUGGCAGAAAUCAGCACAGCUGACCUUGUUCCCGCUACCGUUUCCGGCAUCUGCGAGACGACUUGGAAAGUAUUUACUAAGGUCACGCCCGGCGAGUCUCUCAAGUCUACAGUGACUACUCUUCCAGCGGAUCUUCCAGUCUGGGUCAGUGCGCGUCUGAAACCCGCAGAUGGUUCAUCAAUCACUAUAGAUGAAUUUGAGGCGGCAGACGCAGAGCUUUGGUUAUCAAUAACAGAGUUGAGGAUGUCCAAUUUGAAAGAUCAGCCUCAUGGUCACGACCGACGCCGGAUGCUUUUCGCUGAUGGGCAUGAUUACGAGUGGCUCGCGCUUGGCAGGAUUCCAGAGUCGCGUAUCAAACGAAUUAUGCCAUGGGAUGGCCAGAUACUUCACAAAACUCCGGGUGUUGAAACAAUCUACAGCAAAUUCAGCGCUGAGCCGUGGAUCUACGACCGUGAUAUUGAAUCGUGGCGUUUGGAUCCAGAGCUC